UUUACGCAGACCCCCUCGCUCUCUCCCGAAACCCGAACCAAACCAGACCCCUUCUGCAAGCUCCCCCCGGCGAUGGCGGCGGCGGCGACGGCGGCGGCGGAGUGGCAGGAUGCGGAGCGGAAGGUGCUGGUAGCGCGGAAGCCCGGCUUUGGGCUCCCCACCGCCUGCCCCACCUGCCUCCCCGUCCUCCUCUACCUCCGUAUGUCCCAGGUUCCCUUCGGCAUCCACGUCGACACCUCCUUCCCUGACGCCGAUCACAUACCAUCUGUUGAAUUUGGUGAUUGUGUCGCAUUCCACAAUGAAAAAGGAGGUGUAAUUGAGUAUCUCAAGGAUGAGAAUAUUUUAGACUUGACCUCAAAACACCCAAGCGUUUCUUACCCUGAUGUACUAUCCACAAAGGCAAUGGUCACGACCUGGCUUGCAGAUGCUUUGCAAUAUGAGCUCUGGGUGGUUACUGACGGGAGCAUUGCACAAGACAUCUACUUUCGUGAGCUAUCCUGGCCUAUUGGAAAGAUACUCCACUGGAAGAAAAUUAGAGAUGUGAAGCAACAACUGGGUAUAACAAAGAUUAAUGCUGCAGAAAAAGAAGAGGAGAUAUACCGGAAAGCUAGUGAUGCUUAUGAUGCAUUAUCUACGAGAUUGGGGGAUCAAGUCUAUCUUUUUGGCGAUAGCCCUACUGAUGUUGAUGCUCUUUUCCUUGGACAUGUUCUGUUUGUCCUUAACGCAUUACCUGAGACAUCUUCGCUGCGAAGCCAUUUACAAAAGCAUGACAACUUAAUAAACUUUGCUGAGCAUCACAAGGUCCAGUUGCUGGAAGUUGACUCAUCAUUAGCAGGAUCAGGAUCAUCUGAUCCGUCAUCAUCAUCCACGCCUAGGAAAAGAGCAUCUUCUGGGCGAAGUUACAAGCCGAAACCUAGAGCUAAGAAGGAGCGGACAGAGGAGGAAAAGAAAUUCAGGCGAAGAACGAAGUAUUUCCUCGCAACCCAACUCGUUGCAGUUCUUGUCUUCCUAUCAAUCAUGGGUGGUGUUGAUAGUUCCGAGGUAGACAACGAGUAUGAUGUAGAUUAUGAAGAUUAAAUAAGAAAACCCCUUCUUCCACUAGAAGGGGAUUCUUUCUGAAGGGUCUAAUUCGCCAAAGCUCUGGAUGUGGUGCUUUUGGAAUUUGUUCCCUUGGUUAGCCAGAGAGAUGACAUACUUCAAAUGUAGCGAGCUGGAAUGCGCUGAGUUAGUUAGCAACCGGCGGUUCCAUGGUUUCAUCAGAUGUGAAACAGCGUUGUUUCCCAAUUUUGUAUGGCUUAAUGGGAAGCUGCGUGAGCAUAUUUGGAAGACCUUUUUGUGGAUUUGUCCCCCUGUUUCUUGUAAAAUAAGAGUACUGUUCUAAGUGAAUGGCAGUUGGUGCCAUUCAAACUUGGAUUAUUUGGCAUACCGCUUGUUCUACCCGUUGUUAACUACGCGUUGUUAACUA